AUGGCGCGGAGCACGCUCUCCUCCCGCUUCCGCCGCCUCGACAUCGACCAGUACGACGAGAACCGCUUCGUGGAGGAGCCCGAGGAGGCGGCGGCGGCCGAGCCCGACGCCGGCCCCGAGGUGGAGGCGCUGCUGAGGCAAUUCCUGCGCCGCACAGGGGACGCGCUGCGAGCUUUCCACACCGCCAUAAGGAGCUCUCCUGGUAACACGAAGAACCAGGCGAUGAAGGAGCAGGCCCAGGGAACCAUGCUUAAAGUCCUCACGUCUUUUAAAAGCAGUGAAAUAGAACAAGCAGUGAAUUCCUUAGACAGAAAUGGCGUUGACUUGUUAAUGAAGUACAUUUAUAAAGGAUUCGAAAAGCCAACAGAAAAUAGCAGUGCAAUAUUACUUCAAUGGCACGAAAAGGCGUUAGCAGUAGGUGGACUAGGUUCCAUAGUAAGAGUUCUUACAGCAAGAAAGACUGUUUAAAAGACUAUUAACUUGAACCAAGACGACGAUCAGUUUUGGACUCAGAAGAAGGAAUUAGCUGAGAUGACACUGGUCCGUCUUUAUUAGAGAUUGCAAUCUACUGAAAUACUAUGGAAACCUCCUCUCGGAAUGCUUUUAACCUUAAAGGUGGGGGAAGAGUAAAGGUAUUCCUGCAUAUUCUGACUAUCAAAUACAGGAGCCAAGACGUUCUCCUGAUCCCUUCUUUAAAAGGCAGACGGAAGGCACACUCCUGCCUCCUGUUACUGUAAGUGAACAGGUAUUUUCACAUGCUGCUUUAUCCAAGUGUGGUGAUACAAGAUCCUGUGUGUACUGCUUAUUUAAGAGGUAGCUAUGUCCUUGGCAGACGUGAGAGCCCGACAGCUUACGGGUGGGAGAAGUGUUUAUUAGAAUGGUUCUGUACGUAUGGGCGAAGGACUAGUUGGACUGUGGGGUUGGUUUCAAUGUAAAGUGCCUGCUGCAUCAAUAAAGUUCUUGGAUCACA